AUGAUUACAGAAGAGGCUAAGGAUAAUUUAAAGCUCGCCUGGCCGACGAGUCGACGACUGGAAGUCGCUGGGCAGCAACGUGACCGUCUUCCGCAAAGGGCGAACCAAGGUCGGCCAUUUGAAUGCUUGGAUCUUGUGGGACAUUGGCUGUCCGUCCAAGUUGAGGCUACCAACCGGGAAGCAGGACGACGUGUGCCACAGUUUUGCAGCUCGCGGGAGGAGGUACGACGCUGGUGCUGGCUCCCAGACUCUGUCUGGUCGAUCUGGGAGUCGUCCAUCACGCCGCGGGCAGUCAACAAUGGAGCUUCUGUGACCUGA